AUGCAGGGUGUGGGGAUCCAGGGGAUGCAGGGUGUGGGGAUCCAGGGGAUGGGGAUGCAGGGUGUGGGGAUGCAGGGUGUGGGGAUGCAGGGCGUGGGGAUCCAGGGGAUGGGGAUGCAGGGUGUGGGGAUCCAGGGGAUGCAGGGUGUGGGGAUCCAGGGAAUGGGGAUGCAGGGUGUGGGGAUGCAGGGUGUGGGGAUGCAGGGUGUGGGGAUGCAGGGAGUGGGGAUCCAGGGGAUGGGGAUGCAGGGUGUGGGGAUGCAGGGUGUGGGGAUCCAGGGGAUGCAGGGUGGGGAUGCAGGGGUGGGGAUGCAGGGGUGGGGAUGCAGGGUGUGGGGAUCCAGGGGGCAGGGUGGGGAUCCAGGGGAUGGGGAUGCAGGGUGUGGGGAUCCAGGGGUGGGGAUCCAGGGAAUGGGGAUGCAGGGUGUGGGGAUGCAGGGUGUGGGGAUGCAGGGUGUGGGAAUGCAGGGUGUGGGGAUGCAGGGCGUGGGGAUCCAGGGGAUGGGGAUGCAGGGUGUGGGGAUGCAGGGUGUGGGGAUCCAGGGGAUGCAGGGUGGGGAUGCAGGGAUCCAGGGUGGGGAUGCAGGGUGUGGGGAUGCAGGGUGUGGGGAUCCAGGGGAUGGGGAUGCAGGGGGAUGGGGAUGCAGGGUGUGGGGAUGCAGGGCGUGGGGAUCCAGGGGAUGGGGAUGCAGGGUGUGGGGAUGCAGGGUGUGGGGAUGCAGGGUGUGGGGAUCCAGGGGAUGCAGGGUGGGGAUGCAGGGUGUGGGGAUGCAGGGCGUGGGGAUCCAGGGGAUGGGGAUGCAGGGUGUGGGGAUCCAGGGGAUCCAGGGAAUGGGGAUGCAGGGUGUGGGGAUGCAGGGUGUGGGGAUGCAGGGUGUGGGGAUGCAGGGCGUGGGGAUCCAGGGGAUGGGGAUGCAGGGCGUGGGGAUGCAGGGUGUGGGGAUGCAGGGCGUGGGGAUGCAGGGUGUGGGGAUCCAGGGGAUGCAGGGUGUGGGGAUCCAGGGGAUGGGGAUGCAGGGUGUGGGGAUGCAGGGUGUGGGGAUCCAGGGGAUGCAGGGUGUGGGGAUCCAGGGGAUGGGGAUGCAGGGUGGCGUGGGGAUGCAGGGUGUGGGGAUCCAGGGGAUGCAGGGUGUGGGGAUCCAGGGGAUGGGGAUGCAGGGUGUGGGGAUGCAGGGUGUGGGGAUGCAGGGCGUGGGGAUCCAGGGGAUGGGGAUGCAGGGUGUGGGGAUCCAGGGGAUGCAGGGUGUGGGGAUCCAGGGAAUGGGGAUGCAGGGUGUGGGGAUGCAGGGUGUGGGGAUGCAGGGUGUGGGGAUGCAGGGCGUGGGGAUCCAGGGGAUGGGGAUGCAGGGUGUGGGGAUGCAGGGUGUGGGGAUCCAGGGGAUGCAGGGUGGGGAUGCAGGGGGAUGCAGGGUGGGGAUGCAGGGUGUGGGGAUGCAGGGUGUGGGGAUGCAGGGCGUGGGGAUCCAGGGGAUGGGGAUGCAGGGUGUGGGGAUGCAGGGUGUGGGGAUGCAGGGUGUGGGGAUCCAGGGGAUGCAGGGUGGGGAUGCAGGGUGUGGGGAUGCAGGGCGUGGGGAUCCAGGGGAUGGGGAUGCAGGGUGUGGGGAUGCAGGGUGUGGGGAUCCAGGGGAUGCAGGGGUGGGGAUGCAGGGUGUGGGGAUGCAGGGUGUGGGGAUGCAGGGCGUGGGGAUCCAGGGGAUGGGGAUGCAGGGUGUGGGGAUGCAGGGUGUGGGGAUACAGGGUGUGGGGAUCCAGGGGAUGCAGGGUGGGGAUGCAGGGUGUGGGGAUGCAGGGUGUGGGGAUCCAGGGGAUGCAGGUGUGCUGUCACUGGGUGCCGACGUCCUCCCAGAGUACAAGCUCCAGGCACCUCGUAUCCACAAGUGGACCGUCCUCCACUACAGCCCCUUCAAGGCGGUGUGGGACUGGCUCAUCCUGCUGCUGGUCAUCUACACGGCCAUCUUGACCCCUUACUCCGCCGCCUUCCUCCUCCACGACCAGGAAGAGGCGGCCAUGUUGAACUGUGGCUACUCGUGCUCGCCGCUCAACGUGGUCGACCUCAUCGUGGACAUCAUGUUCAUCGUGGACAUCGUCAUCAACUUCAGGACGACAUACGUCAACACUAACGACGAGGUGGUCAGCGCCCCGCUGAGGAUAGCGAUCCACUACUUCAAGGGCUGGUUCCUCAUCGACAUGGUGGCAGCCAUCCCCUUCGACCUGCUCAUCUACCGCAGCGGAGAGGAGACGACCACUCUGAUUGGCCUGCUGAAGACGGCCCGCCUCCUCCGGCUAGUCCGCGUGGCGAGGAAACUGGACCGCUACUCAGAGUAUGGCGCCGCCGUCCUCUUCCUGCUCAUGUGCACGUUCGCCCUCAUCGCCCACUGGCUGGCGUGCAUCUGGUACGCCAUCGGCAGCGUGGAGCGCAACGGCAGCAUCGGCUGGCUCCACACACUUGGCGAGUCGUUGGGGAAACACUACAACGACACGGUGCGGGGCUCGGGCCCCUCCAUAAAGGACAAGUAUGUCACAGCCCUCUACUUCACCUUCUCCAGUCUGACCAGUGUGGGCUUUGGCAACGUCUCCCCCAACACCAACUCUGAGAAGAUAUUCUCCAUCUGUGUCAUGCUCAUAGGAUCUCUGAUGUACGCCAGUAUUUUUGGUAACGUGUCGGCCAUCAUCCAGAGGUUGUACUCGGGUACGGCCAGGUAUCACACCCAGAUGCUACGGGUCAGAGAGUUCAUCCGUUUCCAUCAGAUCCCCAACCCACUGAGGCAGCGGCUGGAGGAGUACUUCCAACACGCCUGGUCCUACACUAACGGCAUUGAUAUGACCGCUGUGUUGAAGGGGUUCCCAGAGUGUCUCCAGGCUGACAUAUGCCUCCACCUUAACCGUACCCUCCUGGAGAACUGCAAGGCCUUCAAGGGCUCCACGAAGGGCUGUCUGCGGGCCCUGGCCAUGAAGUUCAAGACCACCCACGCCCCGCCUGGCGACACCCUGGUGCACGCCGGCGACGUGCUCACCGCCAUCUACUUCAUCUCCCGGGGCUCCAUCGAGAUCCUCAGAGGCGACGUGGUGGUGGCCAUCUUGGGGAAGAAUGACAUCUUUGGCGAGCCUAUCAACCUGUACGGGCGGGCUGGAAAGUCCAAUGCUGAUGUGAGAGCUCUGACCUACUGUGACCUCCAUAAGAUCCACAGAGAGGACGUCCUGGAGGUGUUAGACAUGUACCCAGAGUUCUCCGACCACUUCUGGAUGAACCUGGAGAUCACCUUUGACCUCCGGGAUGCCAAUAUGAUUCCAGGCUCUCCAGAAAGUGACAACUCAGACUGUGUAGGAUUCAACAAACUGCGCAGACGCAAAUUAUCCUUCCGGCGCCGGACAGAGAAGGACGACGCCGAUGCAGGAGAGACUAAAAAGGAGAGAUCCAACAAGCCAGUUCGGCGUAGACGGAAGGAGGCGGCCAGUAAGCAGGGGGUGGGGCUUAAGCCAGACUGGGAGGGACCUCGGAGUUCAGUGUCCACCCACUCCAGCAGUGGCGAGGGGGAGGAGUCUGUGGUCACAUGCCCCGCCCCUCAGUCAGCUCUGCAUGAGAUGUCCCCGGCUCAGGCCACCUCUCUGAUCUUUAGGGACAAUCCCGAGGGGGAGGGGGAGGGGGAGGGGGACCACAAGGGGGGCAACACCUGCAAUGACACACAGACACACAGACACACAGACACACACAGACACAGACACACUCCCCUCUCUCCCCUCUCUUCUUCACAAACAGGAGCAUUUUCAGGGGUCUCAAACAUCUUCAGUUUCUGGGGGGAGAGUCGGGGCAGUCGUGAGUACCAGGAGUUGCCUCGCUGCAGCCUGCCUUCCUCCCCCCCUCUCAACAAUAUCAGCCGCAGGCAGCGCACCGAGCUGGACAACAGACUGGACCUGUUGCAGCAACAACUCAACAGGCUGGAAACGAGGAUGUCGACAGACAUCGGGGAGAUCAUGCAGCUACUACAACGUCAGAUGGCCCUUGUGCCCCCAGCCUACAGCACCGUGUUGACUGCCCCUCAGGCCUCCCCCUACCCUGGUCCCGGACCUGGUCCCAGUCCUGGUCCCGGUCCUGGUCCUGGUCCCGGUCCUGGUCUCAGUCCUGGUCCCGGUCCUGGUCCUGGUCCCGGUCCCAGUCCCAGUCCUGGAUACAGGCUGGUGCAGCCUGUCACCACCCUGGAGUCAGAGGCACUGGCUUCACUCUCUCAGGGCUUUGAGGAGUUCCCCGGCAAGUCCGCAGCCCUGCGGGAUGUCCGCAGCCCUGCUGAGCUACACCCCGAAGACUGGCCUCUGGUCAGCCCAACUGAGACACGACGAGCCCCCUCUGGACUGGGCAGCCUGGAGCUAGACCUAGAGGUUGAGGAAAGGGUGGGGGCAGGGGUGGGGGCAGGUUCAGGAACAGAGUCAGUGGCAGAGUUGGGGGUAAUUGCAAGUGCGAGUGGGCUGGACCCUGAUGCCCAACGGAGGCUCUCUCUGCCUCAGCCACAAAUGCACCUGGACUCACAGACACCGAAAAGGCACAGCUCUGACCCUAGGGGGAGCUAA